AACCCAUACUGUCUUUCACAGCAACUCGACAAUGGCUUCAACAAAACCCACAUCACUCAUUGUCUCCAUCACCUUCUUCUUCUUCUUCUUCUUCUUCUUCUUCUUCUUCUUCUGUCUUCUCCUCCAACCCUCAUCGGCCCAAACCGUCGUUAAAGGGUCGUACUGGUUUCCAGAGAGUGAAUUCCCAGUUACCGACAUUAACUCAUCUCACUUCACUCACCUCUUCUGUGCUUUCGCUGAUCUCAACUCUCAAAACAAUCAAGUCACUAUCUCCUCCACCAACCAACCAAAAUUUUCAACCUUUACACAAACCGUGCAAAGGAGAAACCCUUCAUACCCUCGGUUUAGAGAUUACAGAAUAAUUUGUCCGAGUGGCGACGCUGGAGUGAGGGCAUGGAUUCAAGCCGGACUUCCAGCAACGCAAUUAGUCUUGGGAUUUCCUUACUACGGCUACGCAUGGCGUCUCUCAAACGCCAACAGUCCUAGCUAUUACGCAGCCACCACUGGAUCGGCAAUUUCACCGGACGGUUCGAUAGGAUACGGUCAGAUAAGAAAGUUUAUAGUGGAUAACGGAGCAACAACGGUUUAUAAUUCCACAGUGGUCGGAGAUUACUGUUAUGCUGGGACGACUUGGAUAGGGUAUGAUGAUAAUCAGAGUAUCGUGACGAAAGUGAGAUACGCUAAGCAGAAAGGUCUGCGUGGUUACUUCUCGCGGCAUGUUGGAGCUGACGAUAACUCUGGUCUAUCUCGUUCAGCGUCACGGGCAUGGGAUGCUACGGUGGCCACCACGGCUAUCCGAAGGAAGUUUUAAAGUUUCAGCUGUUCCGACAACGGCUAGUGAAGAUGUUUGUUUUUGUAACAUACAAAAGAUUAACGUUAUCUGCUUUAUAUCUUCAUAUCAUGUCUAGGGAGGGAAAGAUAAAAGGCAAGAAACAUAAGUUUGUUAAU